AUGGUUUAUAUUAUGUUUAUAUUUUUACUAGGGCUGGUAGUUGGUCUUGCGGCGGUUGCUUCUAACCCUUCGCCGUAUUUUGCGGCGUUAGGGCUGGUUGCGGUAGCAGGUAUGGGGUGUGGGGUGUUGGUGGGGCAUGGGGGGUCUUUUUUAUCUUUAAUUUUAUUUUUGAUUUAUUUGGGGGGAAUAUUAGUAGUGUUUGCAUAUUCGGCAGCAUUGGCUGCUGAGCCUUAUCCUGAGGGUUGAGGGAGUUGGCCUGUGUUAGGGGUAAUAGUGGCGUAUUUAUUAGGGGUGGGCAUGGCGGCGGUGUUAUUUUGAGGGGGGUGAUACGAGGGGGCUUGAGUGUCUGCUGAUGAAUUUGUUGAGUUUUCGGUUUUUCGGGGGGAUGUUGGAGGGGUAGCUUUGAUGUACUCGAUGGGUGGGGGUGUUUUGGUGAUAGGGGCUUGAGUGUUGCUGUUAACGUUGUUUGUGGUGUUGGAGUUAACGCGGGGUUUAAGUCGGGGGGCCCUUCGAGCUGUUUAA